GCUUAUAUAGAGUAAAAGUUCUCCAUUGAUAGGUAAAUUGUGUGUUUAUAUAGAGUGUGCUAUUUGAGUUAUGCUUGUUGGAAAAGGAUUGUAUCUUUACUUUGAUUUGCUAUGGGAUUGCUAAAUUUAAGAAUUUGCUUUUUUGGUUUCAAGAAUCAAUAUUAGUUUGAUCUCAUCAUCGACAUAACCUGCUUUAUUGGCUUUGUUUACUUCGCGAGCUAUUUAGACUCUCAUUGGAUUCAGAAAUGAUAAAAAUGAGUUCUUGAAAAUGUAAAUUCAGUUCCCUCUUACAAUCUGAGUCAUUACCAUUAACCCCUUCUUGUCACUUUGCUGCCACAAUAUCCACAAUUUUAAAUCAAGAUUCACUUGGCCCACAAGCCUUAUCUGCUUUAUCUUCAUUUUUAUCUAUUGUUCUUCCUUUAGUUCAAGAUAUUUCUUCAGAUAAAGCUACUGAAGCAAUUGGUGUUCUUGAAAAGGGUGUUUUGGGAACUUCUACUGUUAGAUCUUUUGUUAAGUGCUUGGGAAUUUUAGUUGGUUUUUGUGAUAAGGAAGAUUGGGAUUCUGUGAAAGUUGGUUUUGAAACACUUGUAAAGUUCUCCAUUGAUAAGAGACCAAAGGUGAGGAAAUGUGCUCAGGAUUGUAUUCUGACUGUUUUCAAGUCAUUUGGUUCGUCUUCUGUGGCUAAGAAGGCUGGUAAAAGAAUUUACUCCUUGAUAAAAGAUAACAUGACAUUGGCAAGGAAACUAAGUGCUCCAAAGGAAAUCAGUGGAUCUAAAGAUGAGCGUCAAGAGGUGCUUCACUCCCUGAAUAUCCUGAAGCCUAUUAUCCCGUACCUUACAGUCAAAGACAAUGAGAAGGUACUUGCUCAACUAGUGGAGCUUAUGAGUUCCCAGAGCUCAGCAUUCACAAGACACAUUUUCGAUAAUAUUGGGGCGAUAUUAGAUGCUUCAAGUGUUGAAAUCAUUCAUCUAGAUGCUGACAACAUUAUAAAAGCGCUUGUAUCAUACAUAUCCUCUGCGGAGAGCCCUGCUGACAAUGUAUUGUUUGCCGCAACUUUGGCAAAAAAAAUUAUUGACAAACUCCAUGAUGGCGGAAUAAGUGUUUGGAUUACCUUUUUGCCUUUGGCUGUUGGCUCCAUAUCAGGUCUUCUUACACAUUCAGAAAAUAUCGCUUUACCGGCUUCAAACAUUUUGAAAGAAUUGAUCAAUGCCCAUAUUGAUGGGAAAAAGUUUUUGACCGGUAAAAAGCAGGCAGUGGAUGAUGAGGCUCUCAGUAGUUCUGAAUUUGAAGCAGUGAAAGCUAUUUGUUCAGUCUUUGAAAAUGUUCUUCUCAACUCUUCUGGAUUCCCAAACGACCAUUUAUUGGCAAUCCUGUCUGUUUUGUUCCUUAAAUUGGGUGAGGUCUCGGACUUCUGUGCGAAGGGUAUAAUACUUAAACUCGCUGAUUGGAUGAUUGUUUCUUCUGGUGGUACUUAUGAUACAAAAAAUCUUCAAGAGUGCAUAGGAUCAGCUAUUAUUGCUAUGGGACCAGAGAAACUGCUUUCCCUGUUACCUAUCUCCCUGAAUGCAAAGGAUUACUCUGUUACAAACACUUGGUUGAUUCCUCUUUUAUACAAAUAUAUAUGUGGAUCGUCACUAGGGUUCUUUAUGAAGCACGUGGUGCCACUUGCUAUUUCCUUCGAACAGGCAUCAUCAAAAGUUAAAAAGUCAGUAAUUCGAGAAGAACUGCAGGCUUAUGUCCGUGGAUGUUGGGGACUAUUACCUGCCUUUUGUCGUUGUCCAUCCGACCUUCACAAGAAUGCCCAAGCUUUGACUACACUUUUGAUUCCUUUUCUCAAGGAGGACUCCUUUAUGCUUGAAAAUAUUAAAGAAGCUUUGCAGGAGCUCGUGAAUAAAAAUAAAAAUGUACUUGCAUCUGAUAAUGUUUCUGGAGGGCUUAUCACGGAGAACGAAGAUCUAGAUUUGGCAUUGGAGUUAAAACGCAAAUGCUCUUACUCAAAGAAGUCAGCUAGUAAAAAUAUUAAGGCUUUGGCAUCUUGCUCUGAGGAAUGGCUCCAGGCUUUAGUAAAUGUCUUUUUUAAGUCAUCUCCUGAAAAUUACCAGCAGUUCAAGGCGGCAAUAGAGUGCUUGACGUCCAUCACUGAUUCUUCGAUAACCCAAAGGAUCUUUACUUCUUCAAUGGAGAGAGCCGGGAUUACAAAUGAUAUUGGUGAAUACAAGAAGCUUGGACUUCAUUCAACAGACAAUCAAGAAAAUAACUCCACUCUUCUUGGGGAAGUAGCUAAGAGGUGCAUAAUCUUGGAGUUGGGAUCAUGCUUCGUUGAAGGAUCUAGUGAGGAUCUCAUUAAAAUCCUCUUUGGUAUUGCUAUGGAUGUUUUGGAGGCUACUCAUGGGGCUGGUCAUCUUGAAGCAUAUCACAUUCUAAGUAGAAUAUUAGAGAAACAUUCCUGGUUUCGCUCUUCACAUGUUGAGCAGCUGAUGGAUUUAUUGGCUAGAGUGAAGCCCCCAACUGAUACAAAAUCACUUUCGAGUCGCUUUGCCUGCUACAAAACCUUGUUGAUUGAUUCAAUACAGGGUAAUGACGAGGAAAACACACAGGCCUUUCUCAUACUCAAUGAGAUUAUUCUCGCAUUAAAGGAUUCCACAGAAGAAGGUAGAAAGACAGCAUAUGAUGCCCUUAUCGGUCUGUGUUCUAGCUUGAGAGAUUCAUCAUCUGCUAAGUCGAACGAAUCUUAUAAGAAGUUCGUUGAUAUGAUUUUAGCUUACCUUUCUGGUGCAUCACCGCAUAUAAAAAGUGGAGCAGUCUCGGCACUCUCUGUUCUGGUUUAUAGUGAUGCUGAUAUCUGUCUCUCAGUCCCUGAUUUGGUCCCUUCGAUUCUGACUCUGCUGCAGAGUAAAGAUGUCGAAGUUACAAAAGCUGUUCUGGGAUUUGUUAAAGUAUUCGUAUCUAGUAUUCAAGCAAAGGACCUGCAUAAUUUGCUCUCAGACAUUGUCAACGGAGUUCUACCUUGGUCAUCUGUGUCACGCCAUCAUUUUAGAUCAAAGGUCAUAGUCAUCGUGGAGAUCUUGAUGAGGAAGUGUGGAGUUGCUGCAGUCAAGUCGGUUGCAGCUGAGAAGUACAAAAAUUUCCUUAAGACAGUCUCAGAGAAUCGCCAUGGCAAAUCAAGCUCUAAAGAAGAUGGUACCAGUGAGACGGAAUCAACUCCUUCGGAUUCAAGGCAGCAUAAAAGGAAGGAUAGAGAAUCUAGUGAUUCACGCCGGGAAAAAGAUUCCAGGGGGCCUCACAAAAGGAAGAAAUAUGAGGAAGAAAAAGAUUCAUCCUCAAAUUCUGCUGGCAGGAAGCCGAUUAAAAGGAGAGAAUUCGGUAAUCGCAAACAGGAAGGCGAUAAAGCACCACCGCAGAAGAGAGAUAACGGAGGCAAAUUAAAGAGGGGCUUCCCGGGAAAGGGAAAUAUGGAAAGACGAAAAUGGCCAGCUAAUGAUGUACGAGGUUCACGUGCUGCAUCUAUACCAUCAAAGCACAAAGGGGGUCAGAAUAGACGACAGAAAACUAACAAAAACAGCUAGCAAACAUACUGACCUUGAAAAAGGAAACAGUUUGCAAGAUCCCUCGCAUAUAGAAUGGAAGAACUUGGAGAUGAAGAACAAAUUCUUAUAUCAAAAGUAGACGGAAAUGAUGCAUGGCUUCUCCUCGGAAGAUGGAUUCUUGACAUCGUAACAGUUGCUGCUGUCGGAAGAUUUCAACAAUAUGUCGAUGCACAAAUUAUACUUCAUAUGGUGCAAUUUUGGCUUAUGUACCAUCUGUUCCUAAGUUCUGCUCUGAGAACUUGGUGGCAAUCAAGUUUUGUAUUUAUUAGGCAGUUUUGGACUAACUUAUAAGAUGACAAUCUUAUAUAUGUACUUGUAUCUCCCAGUUGUAGCUGGGAACAUAAUGGCUUUUUAUAUUAAGACAUGACAUAGCUAUUUCACUGUCUAGAAAUGAUAUUGAAUGGGGUGAGACACUAUUUUUGAAAUAUUGUAUAUUCUUGGACUUGUCACCUUUGUGUUAUUGACCAUAUUUUAAUUUCAUUCCA